GUCCCAGCAUAGUUAACACAAACACAAACACAAACACAAACACCAACACAAACACAUUCUCUCUUCAAGAACUUCAAAUGUCUAUUGCUCUCAAAUGCUUCUGUUUCUGCAGAAGCUCUCUUUCAGGUGAUGAUCCUCCACCUGUGAUUUCUCGGCCUAUGUUUCUGUGACUGUUUCCCCACCUUUCUGCUCACAAUUCUCUGGUUCUUUCCCACUACUCUUUUGUUUUUGCUUUUGUUUUUUUGAUACCAUUUACUCUCACUUUGGCACUUUGCCCAAAUCCUGUUCUUCGAGUUCUUUUUUUGCAUAGUUUGCACUUCUUGAACGGUCAUUUGAAAGCUUCUUUGUUUGUUUGAUCCUAGAGAAACAGAAGGGCUAGUUUUUUUUUGUCUGCCCUGUUUCCUCCACUCCACAUAUUAGAUCUCACACCCUGCUUAUACCCUGUUUUUUAACCCCUAGAAGAAAGAGGAAAAAACACCAGUUUCCCAAUAACGAAAUGGAAAAGAUUCAAGAAGACCAGAACCCAUUCUCACAGAACAACAUUGACAUCGGAUCAUCACUGUCUCAACUGAUUUUAGCUGGUGGGAGCAGCACCAUAGACUCUAUCUUCUCCUUAUGUUCAUCACCAUCACCAUCACAAACACCACCACCAAUUCCUACUACGCUCACAAGCACAAUCACCAGCCCCUCUGUUUUUGAGCCGUUGGGCUCCUCCGUUUAUCUCCUCCAGAGAGAUCUCCUCCACAAGUUCUCUCAGAGAAACAGGUCAUCGCCAAACUUCUCAUACACAACAAGCCCACUUCGGACUUCAGUGUGUUCGACCACUUAUCCGAGUCCAUGCAAGAAGAAGCUCUACAGGGGGGUGAGACAGAGGCAUUGGGGCAAAUGGGUGGCCGAGAUCAGACUCCCACAGAACAGGAUGAGAGUGUGGUUGGGCACGUAUGACACUGCUGAAGCAGCUGCUUAUGCAUAUGAUAGGGCUGCUUAUAAAUUAAGAGGUGAAUAUGCGAGGUUGAACUUCCCCAACCUUAAGGAUCCGAGCAAGUUGGGGUUUGGCGACUGCUCUAGAUUGAACGCUUUGAAGAGCUCGGUGGAUGCUAAGAUUCAGGCUAUCUGUCAGAAGGUGAAAAGGGAGAGGGCUAAGAAGAGUGCAAAGAACAGUAGUGGCAGUUCUAAUGGUGGUGUUGGUGGUAAGAGCGCGAGCGAGAAAGUCACGAAAGUCGAUUCGUACUGCUCUUCGUCGUCGCUGUCGCCGCCGUCGCCCCUGUUUUUUGGCGAAGAGGAUUGGACAAGCGAGCUGAUGGCGUCCGACGUUUCGGAGGACGGCUUUUGGAAGCGCGAGAAUUCGCAGCCUUCCUGCUCCGCCGAUGGCUCGGCAGUCAUCGCCGAGGAGUCGGGGAGCGAAGGGUGUUCGCUUGCUAAAAUGCCGUCGUUCGAUCCGGAGUUGAUCUGGGAAGUUCUUGCUAAUUAGAUGCGAGGAAACUUUUCUCAGCGUGAAUAGCAGUGGAAUUUUUGCGCGUAGCGGGAAAGGAGUCUAUCUACUUUAUCGGAACUCGGUUGGCAUCAAGUGUACAUUCAUAGUCGCAUUAGUCUCUUAAAGUUGUCAGGAUGCUCUCUCCUGUCUCUGUCUCUCUCUCUCUCUCUCUCUUGUUUAAUUUGGGCAUUCAAUGUCGAGUACGAGUCUUUCUGUCU